UAUGGCUGCCGUUGUUUUGGCGUUGUUUCGUCUCGAUUAGUUUAUUCCUAAUAGUUGUUAUAUUUCAAUGUGUUAGAAAAUAAGUGAAUAACGAAUAUUAAAAUGAAACUGAAAAAGGCUAAAUCGGACACUGAGGAGGUAAUUCCUCCUCAAGCCGAGAUUAUCGAAGCUGAUUUGUAUAAGAGGACCUACUUCGGGCCUGACGUGCCCACUUUGGAGCUGGAAUGUUGGGAGGAGGAGUUAUCAGAAGUCCAACUCCAAGCAUAUAAAAAUGCUGAUGAUGAAUACAAAAGUAUUCAGAAUAAGCUAGAUGAAAUGGUGAAGAGUACUGGUGGUGAGAUUGUGUACAACGGUGACCAAUUCACUGCCUAUCAGCUACUUGGGAAACAACCAGUGUUGAAAGACCUAGAACGGCAGAGUGCUGAUAUCAUCAGAUCACGGUCACGCUCCCUUUCCAUUUCUAAGGAAUCUAAAAGUGGAAAGAAAGGCCGACCUAAAAGAAACAAAGAUCGCGGAGCAGACCGUGACUACUCGCCGUCUCCUGAACGCAUCCGCACGCCUGAGCCACGUCACAAGAAGAAGAAGAAGGACAAAAACAAAGAGAAAGAAAAAGAAAAAGAGAAAGAUGAAAAGAAAGAGAAAGAGACCACCAAGACUAAGGACAAAACUCUUGCUCCUUCUAAUGUUCACAGUGUGGUGACGAAUGUGCGUCCAUCGGAAGCCACUGCGAUCGGCGGCCUACUGACCGGCAGCGCGACUAAAACCACCGCAGUCGUCGACCUCACCAAGGAAGAUGGCAAUAAGAAUGUUGCUGACUCUCGGGAAGUCUCAUUCAGCAAGCUUCAAGGCAAGACAUUCCCCUCCCUGGUGGUGGUGGCUCGACCGUACCUGCGGGCCAAGGACGCGCCGCCGCCGGCGGACCGGUCCGCGCUCGACAGCAAGGUGAAGUCCGUCCUCAUGCACACGCCCAUGAAGUUCACCGAGUGGCUCAUACAGCAAGGGCUGGUACGCUCCGAGCAGUGGUGUGCUGUGCAUUCCGGGAACAAACUUAAAUUGGGCAUGUACUCUGACGUAUCAAAGUUCCCGUACUCGGGCGGCUACGUGUGGAUAUCCGAGUGUUGUCCCACUAGAUUCGUCUCCGUAUUCUCCAGCUCGAUCUUCGAAGGCGCGACCUUCCCUCCCAGCGUACUCCUCAAACUCAUCUACCACUGGGCUUGCCAAACUAACGUCCAGAAUGUAGUGCAAUGGGUUAAAGUUGACAAUUUAUAUGUGAAAAGUCUGUUUACCUGGCUAAGGGCUGUGUGUACGUCUGCUAUACAUCAGCAUAUGGGCCUUCUGGGGGGUGCGGGGAAGAAAGUAGAAGUGGGGGUGAUUUCACUGGGUACCACCAGCCAUGACGGCACACAGAGACAAGUCAAAGUUGAAGUGUUGGGUGUGCUGGAUCCAAUCGAGAAAUUGAUACGCCUCCGCGCCGUGGAACCUCUGGGCGAGCACGAGAAGAACUACAAGAAGCGGUUCCAGAAGAUUCUAGAACCACUCACGAACUGGGUGCACCCAUCGUCCGUCAUCCUCACCGAUCUAACUGUGGAUAAAGGCACUCUAGUGUCUAUGGGCUUUAAGAAUGUGCACCAAUCCUCUUCUCAUUCUGAUCAGCCCGCAAGACACAGCAACGCAAAUAUUAUGGAGUAUUUGAGAAGGAUCGUGCCGAGAAUGUUCCAGAACACGUUGUCAUUGCUCUCAAGGCAAAUCAUUCAACAGUUCUUGGACGAACUAGUAUGGAGAGAGAGGUUCGGCGUUUCGCCCGGACAAGCGUUCGACAACAUUGUUGCCCACAUAUCCGAGCAGACGAAGCUAGACGCGAAGGAUCCCAUCACCAUACGCCUCAACAAGAUCGCCGCCAAUCCAUUCAAGAACUGGAAAUAUCCUUCUAAGAAAAAAGAUCGAGUGGCAGAGGAGGUGGUAGAGACAGCUCGCGCCAAGCGCGGGCGCAAGCGCAAGGAACCUUCUCCGGAACCAGCGCCGCCGCCGCGCAAGAAGAAGGAGAAGACCACCUACGUCCCAGACGACGAUGACGAAGAAUUGCCGCUAGCCCUUCGGCGUUCCAAGAUCAAGCAAGAGAAGACCAAAGAGAAGGACAAGGACCGUCGUGCGAGCGACAGCCCGGCGCCGCGCGUGCGACGCAAGACGCCCCGCACCACCACGUACAUUGACGACGACUUGGAUGACAUACCUCUCAAGAACAUCAAGAAGGAAAUGCGGCCCGAGGAAACUGUGUCCAUGGAGAAGUACUACUUCGGCCAAAUCGGAGGCAACGGCGAGCAUAAGCGCGUCGCGAUUGCUGUGGAUUGCCCGAUCUGCCACACGGAGAUCAACAAUAACUGCGAGCUGAUGCGCCACAUGUUCGCGCACGUGUCGCCGGCGCCGGACGACGCGUGCGACCCGCCCGCCAUCUGCGACUGCUGCCUGACCCGCUUCUCCACACACGAGGCCCUCACCGCGCACUUGAAGCAGCAUCACCCCAGCGACACCAAGUCCCCGGAAGUAUUUACUUACGCUUGUCUUAUUUGCGAGGUCCGCUACGCCGCUGUGCUGACCCUCGCGGGCCACAUGCAGCGGGCGCACGCUCCGCUGGAGCUGCCGUACGCGUGCGGUGCCUGCGACUACCGCGCCUCCGCACACAGCGCGCUCCUCAAGCACUUCACUACUGCACACGCCAACCACGAUGCUGUGCUCUGCCCGCAUUGUCUUAAGGUGAUACAAGUUUACGCGGAUGGUUAUGAGCUGUCUGCCAACGUGGCGCUGUUCCUGGACCAUCUCCGCGAACACCAGAACAAGGACUUGGAGGUGCGCUGCUCAAGAUGCGUGCUCAAAUUUGUGCAUCUAGGUCAACUGAAGGAGCACCAAGUGCGCGACCAUCACUCUGUUGAGAACGCCACCCCGCUCUGUUCUGAAGAACAUUUGAUCAACAAACCCAAGAACAAAGCCCGUCCGCCAGUGAAAGACUCGACCAGCCACACGAUCAGCCAGACGUUCGAAGACCUGACUCUAGUUGUUCCUGACGGUCAGCUGUGCCGAGAGUGCGACACCCCGCUGGAGAGCGACAAGCAUUUCCUCGGCGUGACGGCGUGCAGCAAGUGUCCGUACGUGUGCACGUGCUACCGCGCGCUGCUGCGCCACAGCGGCUACUGCGCCGGCCCGCACUCGCUCGAGGACGCGCCGCGGCCCGCGCCCUACACCACCCACUGCGUCUGCGACUACUCCACGCAUAUUGGCACGGAUAUGCUGUCCCACCUGCUGGUGUGCGACCACAAGUCAGCGUACCCGAGCGAGGAGGAGGCUCGCGCCAACACCGUCAAGCCGCAUGAGGAGUACAAACCACCCGAAGACGCGCCGCCCUGCGAACCGCCGGUGGAGUCAAUGCCGGACUACGCGCCGCCGUCGGUGCUCAACACGCAGCUGUCGCUCGAUGACCUCGCGCCGCCCUCCGUGCUGCAGCCUGACCAGAACGAGCAAGAGUUGCUGAAGGACGCGUACGACCGGCCGCUGGCGACGCCGCGCCACGAGGAGCCGCAGUACACGCUCGGGGAUUUCGAGCCGCUGCCGCAGGAGCCGCCGCCGCAGCCAGACUUCGAACAACUGUAGACGCGACGUGAUAAUGGAGCAUGUGCGAUAGUUCAUUUCGCAUAAGGAAAAUUUUAUUAUAUGCCGGACGCAAGGGGCGAACGUGCACGUACGUUCACCGCUUUAUGCGGGACCUUCCAAAUUCAAAAUUAAUUAAUUUUGCACGUAUAUUUCCCGCUCCAUAUCUUCAUCGAAUACUACAAGAUCACAAACUAAUAAGAAAUGUCGUUUAAAUCGUCCUCUAAAAAAGUAAAACCGUAACAUUAUGGUAUUGAUUUCCUAUAUAAAGCAGAGAUUUUUUUUUAUAAAUAGGUGACCAAGGAAUAUUCGUUACAGUUUUUGUUGGUGGGUGCAUGCCCAUAUCAUGUUACCUAUCAGGUAUUUUUACUGGUGUCCAAGCAAAAAAAUAAAAGAUUUUUGUUUUUUAUACCGAUACUUAUAUCGGACUAUUCAGAGUCACGCCGUUGUUAGUAUGUGCUAACCCUUAUAUUAUUCUAAAAAUAUAUAUAGGAUCGAAAUUAAGAUUUACUUAAUAUAAUUAUAAAGGCUAAGAUGUAGAAAAAUAAACGUUUUUAACAAUAACAAUUUA